AGCUCCGAGCUCCGAACCCGAACCGGCUCGCACCUCAUCUAAAGCGCACGCGGCUCGCCUGUGCCGCCCGCCGCCGCCGCCUGCGAAGUAAAGCGGCAAGCGAACGGCGCACCGCAGCAAAGAGGGCAGCGUGGUGGGCGGGGGAUGGAGAGGGGCGCCGCCGCCGCCGCCGCGCUCUCCUGCACCUUCCGCUCCCCUUCCCCAUCCCCGGCGCCCCGUUGGCGGCGGCCUCUCCUCGGCUUCAGCUCACGCGUCCGCGGCUGGGGCCGGGGCCCUCGCGCGGUCGCCGGGGCACCGCGCGUCCUGCUGCUGCCACCCGGCCGGCGCUUCAGCUACUGCACUCAAAGCAAGUUUCUAGACAUUAACAAAAGGCAGAACAAAUGCUCGUUGGCAACCUUCAGCUCAUUUGGACAUCCAGGGAUCAGUUUGAACAAUGAAGAUUCAGUGAAAGACAAACUCCUAAUAGAUUGUGGGGAAGAUCAAGACUGUGUGAUUGAUGGGAUAGUUGCCUUGGGAAAGUUUGAUGCCCUUCAUAUUGGCCAUCGGGAAUUGGCAGUAUAUGCUUCUAAAGCAGGAACUCCCUUUCUGCUUUCUUUUGUGGGAAUAGCUGAGGUGCUUGGCUGGGAGUAUAGGCCUCCUAUAGUUGCCCAAUGUGAUAGGAAGCGAGUGCUCUCUUCUUGGGCUCCAUACUGUAGGAAUGUGGUGCCCAUGGAAUAUCAAGUUGAGUUUUCAAAGGUCAGGUACCUAACUCCAAGGCAAUUCGUUGAGAGGUUAUCAAAGGAUCUUAAAAUAAAAGGUGUUGUAGCAGGUGAAAACUACAGGUUUGGCUACAAAGCAUCUGGUGAUGCAUCUGAGCUAAUUACACUCUGUGAGGAAUUUGGUUUAAGCGCAUUCAUUGUACGGUCAGUCAUGGACACAACUAGAAGAUCUGACAAUGGAGUAAUGACCACCGUAAAUUCAAGCGAUAGAGGGCAAGUUUCUUCCAGUCGUGUUCGCCAUGCUUUGGCUAUGGGUGAUAUGGAAUAUGUUUCCGAAUUACUAGGGAGAAAACACCGCCUUAUGCUAACAGUUAAGGAAAACCACCUUCAGGAAAGGAAAAGGAUUGUGCUGCCAAAAUCUAGCAUGUUGAACAUGCCACCAGCUGAUGGUUUGUAUGAAAAUUGUGACCUCAUUAAUGGAGGCCAUCGUGGACUAUGCAGGGUGAUCAUUAACUCAGAGACAAUCGACAUUGAGAUGAAAGAUGGCAACAGUUUAUUACCAAAUACCAUUCAAGAACAUCAGCAAUUAGGUAUUGAAUUUGGAUGAUACUGCAAUUCCAUUCAUGACUGGUGGGAGGUCAUCUUUUGUAUAGCCAUUAUAUCUGGCAUUCUGCGGAUUUGUUUGGGUUGAUGCUAAACAGUGUGGGCUUUUCCUGGAGGGAAAAUAGAACAAGAAAAAGAAAAGUCAAGAACUUCGUAUUGAGGUAAUCCUCAUCGUGAUCAAACCCAAGAGCAUCUUACAGAAGGACAGAUUUUGUGCAACUCCAGUUUGCAUAGUCAGAGAGGGCAUAGGCAUUUUUACUUCUUCUUUUGUUUUUAGUCUGGUAAUUGGCUACGACAGAAUUGGCUUGCUUCUAACCAGCUGUAUCAGCAGAACGGAAACACGAGAGGGAGUCGUCUUCAACUUAUAAGAGACGUACAAAGGAACUCGUUGCCAAAUCCCAUCCUACGUUUUUCCAGCUUAUGACAUGAUUUGCACAAAUAGGUUCCGUUUACACAGCAAAUCAGCUUGUUGCAUCAACAGUUCAUGCAAUAUGUUACUUGAUCUUGACUAGUUACAAUCUGGGGAGAUCUCCAACACCGUGCAAGAUAGCUUGGUCGAGUGUAUUAAUCGAUCCAAUAGUUUGAUCUUUUUAAACAUCUUAAUAAAGGGUACAGGAUGCGACCAAUGCCUCUUUCUAAACGCUUCUGUAUUCGGAGUUCUGAACAAGCUGCUGGUGCCAGACAAGGUACAGCUGUGUAACCAGUAGGAUUGUUUCACUGAAGUUAAUACAAGCGAAACAGUUUAUUAAUGAUUGAAAAAUAAUUUAUGGGUAAAAUUUUUAUAUAUGUGU